GCCAAACACGUGUUUCACUGGGACAAUAGUGAGUGGUGCACACUUCCUUCGCCCAGCCACAGAACAAAUAAAGUCCCAUUUAAGAGUUGCUGGUGUAACAAUAACAAGAAUAUAUUCCACUCCUCUCUUGUACAUGCGGCUUAUGAGACGUCUGUGAAAAAUAUCAUCCACCUGAGCAGCAGGAGAACACAACACAUGACAACAGAAGGUGAUGGAGACCACUGUGGAGGAUCACAAGCAGACAAGAUGUUAGCUCCACUAUCAGAUAACAUCCAUCAGCUGAUUGGACACCAAGAAGAAUGUCUCCCUCAUCUGCAGGGGGACAGUUUCACUUUAGAGGAUCCACAGCCCUCACAUUUUAAAGGGGACGAGAAGGAUCCGAAGCCCCCCUAUUUUAAAGAGGAAGAGGAGGGAGAGUGUGUUGUAGGGCAGGAGGAGGAUGAUGUCAGCAAGUUUCCACUGACUGUUGUCUCUGUGAAGACUGAAGAGCAUGAAGACAAAGCACCUGAGUCCUCACAGCUUCAUCACAGUCCAAACGUCCAGCAGCCCCUUCACAUUAAAGAGGAAGAGGAGGAUCCACAGCCCACCCACAUUAAAGAGGAAGAGGAUGAUCCACAGCCCACCCACAUUAAAGAGGAAGAGGAUGAUCCACAACCCACCUACAUUAAAGAGGAAGAGGAUGAUCCACAGCCCACCUACAUUAAAGAGGAAAAGGAUGAUCCACUGCCCACCUACAUGAAAAAGGAAGAGGAGGAUCCACACAUGAAAGAGGAAGAGGAGGGAGAGUGUGUUGUAGGGCAGGAGGAGGAUGAUGCCAGCAAGUUUCCACUGCCUGUUGUCUCUGUGAAGACUGAAGAGCAUGAAGACAAAGCACCUGAGUCCUCACAGCUUCAUCACAGUCCAAACGUCCAGCGGGUGUCAGCGGGGAGUCAUGAAGAGGAGUGGCACACCAGUGUGGGACAGAAGGAGCUACAGGCCCCCUCCCACAUUAAAGAGGAGCAGCUUCAUGAUGAAGAUGAAGCUCAGUCCUUACAGCUUCAUCACAGUCAAAGUGAGGAGAACAGAGGGGCGGAGCUUGUAAGUCAACACAUCACAGAAGCUGAUGGAGAGCAUUGUGAAGAUAUAAAGUCAGAACCAGACAGCAUCUUUGCUCCACUGUCAGACAUGGACCACAUGAUGUCACACUCUUCUGAUCACAGUGACCACAUCCAAAAACCUUUGGAGAGUAAAAAGGACUCUAAAGGUGAUACGAGACAUCACACUAACAACAAACACUUUGACUGCUCUCAAUGUGGGAAAUCAUUUAGACUGAAGUGUCAUUUUACAGAACACAUGAGAACACAUACUGGAGAGAAACCUUUUACUUGCUCCGUUUGUAAGAAGAGUUUCUCCACAAAAUAUCACAUGACCAAACACAUGAGAAUACACACUGGAGAGAAACCCUUUUCUUGCUCAGCAUGUGCUAAAAGAUUCAGCACGAAGAAUAACAUGAUAUUACACAUGAGAACACACACAGGUGAGAAACCUUUUACUUGCUCUGUUUGUAAGAAGAGUUUCUCCAGAAAGCAAAACAUGACCAUACACAUGAGAACACACACUGGAGAGAACCCGUUUAGUUGCACUGUGUGUGUUAAAAGGUUCAGGUUUAAGUAUCAGGUGAGUAAACACAAGUGUGCAACAGUCAUGGAAGCUGCAGGGAUUUAAAAACACUUAAACAGUGAUUGUGCUAAAUGUAGUUUAAAAACACAGCAUGUUUAAUAAGAAUGUAUAUUUGAUGUUGUAUGUAGUGCUUCUCAUCUUCUAGUCUUAUAUGUUGUCCUGCACUUACUUGCAUGUAUUGAAUAUUAUAUAAGUAGCUACUAUUUUAUUGUAUUUUCUCAUCUUUGAAGAGAGGACAUCUUAUUAUUAUCAUUUGUAUUUUUUUCACACAUUUUUUCCAUUGCAUUUUAUUGAUGUUAUUAUCCAAUUAUAAGUAUGAAUGAAUAAAAUG